CCUGAAUUAUGAAGUCAUCGAAGUACUUCCGGUGCCGGAAUGUCUCUAACAUUUUGGAAUGCUGCUGUAUUUUCCUUAAACCACAUAGCUAGAUAACAUUUUUUACAAAUUAAUCUGUGUGUCUUUGUGGUUCAGUGGACUCGCUGUUAAUUUAUUGAAGACAAACAUGGAUAUUCCUACAGCUCCUGAGGACCAAGAGCUGAAAAAUGUAAUUGACAAACUGGCCCAGUUUGUGGCUCGAAAUGGCCCUGAGUUUGAGAAGAUGACAAUGGAGAAACAGAAGGACAAUUCCAAAUUCUCUUUUCUGUUUGGAGGGGACUUCUUCGCCUAUUACCGGUGCAAGCUUGCAAUGGAACAACACCAGCAUCCUACUACCCACGAAUGUGAGGAGUAUAAGUUGGAAGAUCUUUAUAAUCCAUCUGGUACGGAAGUCCUAGACGUCCCUCCACCAAUCGCCAUCCUGGCCCCGCCCCCCAUCGCCCCUGCCACGCCAUCUCUAGAUGAGCUCAUCCAGCAGAGCCAAUGGAACCUGCAGCAGCAAGAACAGCAGCUGCUCACUCUCAGACAGGAGCAAGUGACUGCAGCUAUAGCUCUGGCCAUGGAGCAGCAGACCCAGAAGCUGCUGGCGGAGACUCAGCAGGACAUAUCUGAAUUUGACAACCUGCUGCAGCCCAUCAUUGACACCUGCACUAAAGACGCCAUCUCGGCUGGUAAGAACUGGAUGUUCAACAACGCCAAGGGCCCACUGCACUGUGAGCUGAUGUGCUCACACCUCCGGAACCGCAUCACAGCCGACACAGCUCACUUCGAACUCCGCCUACACCUCAUCUAUCUCACCAAUGAUGUCCUCCAUCACUGUCAGAGGAAGCAGCAGAGGGACCUGCUAGCAGCGCUACAGAAGGUGGUGGUGCCCAUCUACUGCACCAGCUUCUUGGCUGUAGAGGAGGACAAGCAGCAGAAGAUCACACGUCUUCUACAACUCUGGGAAAAGAAUGGCUACUUCGACGGGGUGACGAUCCAGCAGUUACAGAGUCCAGCUGUGGGCCUGGGCCAGUAUCAGGCCUCUCUGAUCACAGAGUACGCUGCGGUGGUGCAGCCCAUUCAGCUGGCCUUCCAGCAACAGAUCCAGACCCUGAAGACGCAGCAUGAGGAGUUUGUGGCCAACCUGGCGGUUCAGCAGCAGCAGGCUGCAGCAGCAGUGAGCCAGCUAGCUGCAGCAGAGCCUGACAUUAAGGCAGUCACCACUCAGCCUGGAGAGGUGAAGUCGUCCAUGUCUGGCCCUCCUGGUGAUUAUGACGGCGCCCAGUCCAGAUCGGACCCCGGUGCCAACAGUGGCCACUCUGAUAACGCCUCCUCUAAACCCUGGUUCGACCCACAACACAUGUCUGGAGGUUGGAACCCCAAUCAGCCACCUCCGUUUGACCCCACCCAGGCUCCCCCACCGUGCCCCCCCUGGAACAGCCACGAGGGCAUCUGGAACGAGCAGAGGGGGGACCCCAGCUGGAGCGGAGGCCCUCCAAGGGGGGAGGGGGGUCCCUGGAGCGGAGGGGGAGGACAGAAUGAGCCCCCUCCCAACUGGAGCGGUCAGUACGACCAGCCCCCCUGGAGCAACCAGGGACCUGACCAGCCCCCCUGGGGCCAGAGAGAGCACCCCUUCCCCCGUAUGCAGAGGCCCCCCCACUUCAGAGGGCCCUUCACGCCCCACCAGCCAGGUCCCCCUCCCUUUAACCAGCCGCCCCCGCCUCCCCACAACUUCGGCCGGUUCCCGCCGCGCUACAUGCAGGAUGACUUUCCACCCAGGCACCAUUUUGAAAGGCCUCCCUACCCUACACACCGCUUUGACUACCCACAGGGAGACUUCCCUGGAGACCAAGACAUGGGCCCUCCGCACCACCACCCUAGCCAGAGGAUCCCUCCUCCGGGUAUGGGGGGAGGAGAGCACCCUCCCUGGGGGGGUAACCAGCACCCAGACUUUGGCCCCCCAUCCCACGGCUUCAACGGCCAGUCCCCCCACAUGAGACAGCGUCCGGCCCCGGCUCACGUCAACCAGGAUGACCCCAGCCUGGUCCCCAACGUCCCCUACUUUGACCUGCCCGCUGGACUCAUGGCCCCUCUAGUCAAACUGGAAGACUAUGACUACAAAGCACUGGAUCCUAAAGACAUCCGUCUGCCUCCCCCAAUGCCCCCCAGUGAACGCCUGCUAGCUGCUGUGGAGGCCUUCUACAGCCCCCCCUCCCAUGACGGACCCAGGAACAGUGAGGGCUGGGAACAGAACGGCCUGUAUGAGUUCUUCAGAGCCAAGAUGAGAGCCAGGAGGCGAAAGGGCCAGGAGAAACACAACAGUGCACACGGUAGUCGUUCACACAGCCGUUCUCAUAGUCAGGGUCGCUCCUCGUCUGAAUCCAGCUCAAGAUCCUCCAAGUCCUCCCGCUCCUCCUCCCGGUCCCGAUCUCGCUCCUACUCCCGAUCUCGCUCCAGGAGCAUGAGCCGAUCCAGGUCGUCCCGCAGUCGCUCUCGUUCUAGGUCUCGCUCCAGAUCUCGCUCUCCUGACAAGAGACGGCAAGAGAGGCCUGCCCCAGCCUCUGACCCAGCCUCUGCCCCUGCCUCCCAGAAGUCCCGUAGCCCCUCUCCUCCAGCUACGUCUGGUCUGGGCGCAGCCCCCUCGGUCCUGCCUCCAGACAGCAGGCUGGGAGAGGAGAACAAGGGCCAUCAGCUGCUCAUGAAAAUGGGCUGGAGUGGGACUGGGGGGCUUGGAGCAAAGGAGCAGGGCAUCCAGGACCCCAUCAAGGGGGGAGAACUCCGGGACAAGUGGGACCAGUAUAAAGGAGUGGGGGUGUCUCUGGAUGACCCUUAUGAGAACUACCGCAGGAACAAGAGCUACAACUUUGUAGCUCGCAUGAAAGCAAGGGAGGAAGUGAAUCGGGAACCACAAGAGCCCCCUCCCACUGAAUAAUGUGCAUCGUAAAGCAAACAAACCUAACCCAGAACAUACCUCUUCAGUCAGUUUUUUGUACAGAAUAAUGUUCUUAUAGUAUGUUUGAAAAAUCCUCACAUACCAGAAGGUUUUGAAUGUUGCUUUUUUGUGAUACUCAUUCAUGUAUUUUCUUAUGUUCCAGUUUUGAUGACUUGGAAAUGGAUAUAAAGUAUUGUUGCUCUUUUGUAAGAAAAAUAAAAUACAUUUGUGGAAUUCACCCACUGAUGUAAUGUCAAAUGUGAAUCAAAAUGACCCUCUAAAAAAAUCUUUACAGCGUGUGGUUAAUGUUUUCAUUUGUUUGAAUAAAUGCACUGUUAGUCUCC